AAAACCAUUAAAAUGUUUAGUUUUGAGGUUAUGAAAUUAUAAAAUACAAUAAUGUUAUUGUGAUAAAAUACAUAAAACUAAUCAUUCUAAUGAAACAAUAAUUAAUAUCUAAGUAACAAGUAAAUACGGAAUUUUACCUAAAUUACCACAAUAUGUAUACCAAUUUAAUAGUCCCCAGGCAGUGGACAAGACUAUCUUCGUUAUGUCGGUCAUUAACCACCAUAGAGGGCCAGACACUGCCACACACAACUAAAUCUACCGAUGGCAUCUCUCCCCCGCCCCGAAUACCUAGAGGGCCCACUGACAUCCUUCAGGCUUUAGCUGCUACUGUUGGUCCUGACCCAACUGCUGCCCAUUACAAGUAUCAUGAUGACCCAUAUUUGAUCCCCUUGUCAAAUUAUCGCAAAAGAGCCUAUGCUCUGUCUGCUGAGGCUGGUCGUAAAGCCGCUGCAUGGGUCCGGGAUGAACAUGCUGAAUUGUUCACAACCCGAGAGUGGGACCCUCCAGGAAAGAUGAAAACUCCGUACUUUAAUGCUGAUCCCAGAAUUGAAGCUUUUGCACCUAAACCUAUUUAUAAUGAUGAGAGCAAGGUAACAGAAGAAGACUUAAAAUACACUAUAACAAAUGCCCUUCUAGAAGAUUCUGUGAAAAUCUUCCAGCUUCUGGGUGGCACUCAGGGUGUCAGUGAUGAGUUAAAGAUUGCAUUUCUUCAGCUACUGUGCUUCUAUAAUGAAAAAGAACCUGAUUCCAUGGAAUGGCUUGAGGAGAGAUGGUUUUCAACAAAUACUCGCGAACGACAAGCUACCACAUGGAAAAUUGGAGGAUUAGCUGACAAAAUAUUUGAAUCACUUGACCCGAAGACACCUGAGGCUUAUUGUGCCAUUAUUCAAGGCAUGGCUAAAUACUAUCAGGCGGAAAGAGCUCACAUGUUGAGUCAGGAGGCUAUCGAGAAAGGCAUCCCCCUGUCCUCGUCCGUGUACAAUUCGCUGCUGGGCUGCGUGGGCUUCCUCAAAGAGGGCACACAGCUCAGAAUUGAUGCCCUCAAGUCCUUGCUGCAGCAGAUGAAUGAACAGGGCAUCACCCCGGAGCCGGAGACGCUGUCGUCGAGCCUGCGGUCGCUGGCGGCGUGGGGCGGCGGCCGCGCGCUGCAGCACACCGCCCUGCAGGUGCUGGCAGAGUUCACACAGCUAGGCAUACAGCCCGGACUCUCCGCGUAUUACUAUUUGCUGUGUCUGUUCUGCAAGGAACGUGGCCCUCGCAUUGACAUUCUGACCGGAAUUCUGAACGAUCUUGAGAAGAGGGACAAUUUGACAGCCAUGGAGCCGACAGACACUAACUUCUUCAUCACCGCCAUGGGAGUGUGCAGUGACCACUUGCAGGAUAUCAAAUUAGCUGAGCGAUUACACGCGCUUCUGAUGAAGGGAGAAAACUAUAAACUAGUGGGUGACGCGUACAAAGAGAGUAUCUACUACAGGCAUUUUGUCACUGUUGCAUGCAGACAUGCACCUUUCGAACGCACCACAGAACUUUUGGAUACAUUAAUACCUAAUGUGUAUGUGCCGGAGCCGUCGGUCAUGGAAGAGAUAAUAAAAACGCUGGAAGUGGCGGGCGCGGGCGACCGCUUGGCACAGGCGUGGUCGCAACUAGUUGUGUUCGGACACGCAAAGCGCGUCAAACUUGUGGACAAACUGUUGGCCGCUAUGUGCAACUGCUAUCAGUACCAAGAUGAAGAGGUGAAGGCAAAGAUGCGAACAGCCGCAGCCGAUGUCCUGAAGUACAGCCAGCUGGCGGAGACAAGGGAGGACGCGCAGGAACUCAGGACGCCAAAGCAAAAAAUGUCAGCCACAUCGCUCUCAAACAUAAUCCAGUUAUGUUCGGACACGCAAGACAAAGCAGACCCUGGUUGGGAAUCAGUAGUGGUGGCGCUGCAGAAACUGCGUGGGGCUGAGGCGGUGGGGGUGCCCUCGGACCCCCUCGUGUUGGCCGAUGUGGCGCGGCGGGCGGCUAGCGUCGGCAAGGCGGGCAUCGCCACGGUAUCUGUGUCAUAUCUCGCUGAAUGCGGGUUUGAAGAAGCGGCGGCGACCAGCGUCGACGUCCUCUGCACAAUGCUGAACAGGCCCGCGGAAGAGGUCCAUGAACUUUUAAAGGGAGAUCGGAGCGCCCUCGCUAACACCUUACACCCGUCUGCGCUCUCUAUAGCUGACGCUUACCAUUUAGCGAAGACCGGUGCGCCUGCGCCGGACCGCGAGAGCGACUCGUCCACGAGUUCCGAGAGCGACAGUGAGUCGUCAGACGAUGACAAGUGAUGCAUUUGUAGCCUAGUCUAGUAGUAACUAUAGCCAAUAAAGUAUUUACAAUUCCAUA